UGCUCUGGAUGCUCCUGGUGGUUCUUCUGGUGGAACUUCAGGGAGAGCUGAAAAACGGAGAAAGAGGAGAGGAGAGAGCAGGCAUCCCUGACCAACCCCGCAUGCUGUCAGAGGACGGGCAUCUGGUGUUCAGCCCAGCGAACAGCAAAGACAUCUGCUUUAAGCCCUCUGCAUUAGGCCGCGUGAAGGUGGGCGACGAGGACCUCACCUCGCUCAUAAUACAGAUUAAAUCAAACAAAGCAGAUAUCGACAACAUUAAAGCCAAUGGAGGACCAGUGCCCCCAGAGGUCACCACCAAACUGAACCAGCUCAGCACCAAGGUCACCACACUGGAGACCAAAGUCUCCAGUCUGGAGAUGACGGUGCAGAGGGUCUCCUGCAGCAGUAACCCCUGUCAGAAUGGAGGCACCUGUCUGAACCUGCUGGGCUCCUACCACUGCCUGUGCCCACUCAACUGGGCGGGCACAAACUGUGACACAGAUGUGAAUGAGUGUCAGACGUUGGCAGGGACUCUGAGCGGCUGUCAGAACGGAGCCACCUGUACAAACACGCCCGGAGCCUUCUCAUGCAGUUGUGCUCCUGAGUGGAGCGGGACCCUGUGCACCCAGCGCUAUGACGACUGCAGGAACACAGGCCAGGAUCUGUGUGUGCACGGGACCUGCAUCGAUGCAGACCGCAUCACGCCCGGACAGCCCAGGUACCAGUGCAUCUGUGAGCCUGGCUGGGACUCUCCUGCGGGGAACCCAGCCUGUGUGGCUGAUGUGGAUGAGUGCAGUCUGCCCAACAAGCCCUGCUCCUCCAACCCCCCUGUGGAGUGCUUCAACACACAGGGCUCCUUCUACUGUGGGGCCUGUCCUGCUGGCUGGCAGGGGAACGGCUACAGCUGUCAGGACGUGGAUGAGUGCAGCAUUAAUAACGGCGGCUGCUCCACCUCUCCUCUGGUGCAGUGCCUCAACACGAUGGGCUCCUUCCACUGUGGCUCCUGUCCUCCUGGUUAUGAGGGCGAUGGUAGAACCUGCACCCAGAGCAACAUCUGUGAGACCAACAAUGGAGGCUGUUACCCACUGGCCACGUGCUCCUCCACUACAGGCUCUAAUCUGCCCAUCUGCACCUGUCCCCCCGGUUACACUGGCAAUGGCUAUGGACCCAACGGAUGCACCCAGAUCAGCAACAUCUGCCAGACCAACAACCCCUGUGUCAACGGCCAGUGUGUGUCGACCAGCUCGUCUCAGGGGUACCAGUGCAUCUGCAACCCGGGCUGGGCAGGACCGCACUGCGACCAGAACAUGGACGAAUGCUCCAGUGUCCCUUGUCAAAACGGAGGGACAUGUGUGGAUCAGGUCAACGGCUUCACCUGUACCUGCCCCAGCCAGUGGACCGGGCCCCUGUGCCAGACCCCACAGCAAGAGUGUGGUGGUGUCCUGACCGGCCCAGCUGGCUCCUUCAGUUAUCCCAACAACCCUGGUAAUGACGAGUACGAACAUAUGGUCAGCUGUGCCUGGGUCAUCCGCACUGAACCUGACAAGGUUUUGCGCAUCACCUUCCCAUACUUUGACUUGGAGGCCAGCUUCAACUGUAACGCAGACUUCCUCCAAAUCCACGACGGGGAGAGCGCAGGGGCAUACAUGAUUGGACGAUACUGUGGUCAGAACAAUCCCAACACCCUGGCCAGCUCCCACAAUGCAUUGUACUUCUGGUUCAGAUCAGACCAUGCUAUCAAGAAAGGAGGCUUCACUGUGAUGUGGCAGUCUCAGGACCCAGUUUGUGGAGAUGAACUGAUUGCCCCCUACGGCAGCAUCAACUCCCCUGGUUACCCUGGUAACUACCCCCCAUCUCGGGACUGUUACUGGAGGGUCUCAGUGGACCCUGGCCUGCUCAUCACCUUCGCCUUUGGGGUCCUGAGUCUGGAAACCCACCCUGACUGCAACUAUGACUUUCUGGAGGUGCGUGAUGGCCUGCUGCCUGAAGACCCUCUCCUGGGCCAGUACUGCAGCACCUCAUCACCGCCCCCUGUGGUCACCACUGGACCCAGCGCCUGGAUCCACUUCCACUCAGACAACAUUAUAUCGGACCGGGGCUUCCACAUCACCUACACCACCUCUCCAAGUGACCCGGGCUGUGGGGGCACCUUCACAGACUCUGAGGGCAUCAUCAUCUCUCCAAACUGGCCCAACGACUACGCCCACAACAGCCAGUGUGUUUACGUCAUCCGCCUGCCCCAGGGGGAGAGGGUCACCCUCAACUUCACCCAUAUGAACCUGGAGCAGCACAGCAGCUGCGUCUUUGACUAUGUGGAGGUGCGGGACGGCCUCGUGGAGACGUCCCCUCUGAUCGGUCGAUACUGUGGGAGUGUGCUUCCUGCUCCCCUGCUGUCCUCCUCGAGUGCUCUGUGGGUGCGCUUCAGGUCUGACAGCUCUGCAAGUCAUGCGGGCUUCAGGGCCGUCUACUCUGUGGUGACCUGUGGGGGGGUACUGUCAGGCACAGGCCAGAUCCGCUCCCCUCUUCACCCAAGCUCCUACCCCCACAACAAGGUGUGUGAGUGGGUCAUCAGCCAGCCCCAGGGAUACUUGGUCACCCUUAACUUCCUGUCCUUCAGCGUAGAGGACCGCUGUCAGUACGACUUUGUGCAGGUCCGUGACGGCUCCUCGUCCAGUGCUCCUCUCCUCGGGACCUUCUGUGGGGUGGACAUCCCUCCCAGGCUGCAGUCCACCCAGAGGUCCCUGUAUGUGCGCUUCCAGACCGACUCCUCUGUCAACAACCACGGCUUCCUGGCAGAAUACGGACGCGCCAUAGAAGGUUGUGGAGACACCAUGACCAGCCCGAGCGGAGUGAUCGUAAGCCCAGGUCACCCCAGCACCUACCCCCAUGGAGCCAACUGCACCUGGUUCAUCAGUGUGGCCCCCGGGAACCUGAUCCGCCUCUCCUUCGACUCCUUCAACCUGGAGUACCACACCAAUUGCAACUUUGACUACGUGGAGCUCUACGACAACGGCACCGUGGAGACCGGCACCAAACUUGGACGGUUCUGUGGUCGCUCCGUGCCACCCUCCGUCACCAGCACCGACAACUUGCUCACCCUGCUCUUUGUGUCCGAUCACUCUAUGUCCACUCAGGGCUUCUCCGCUCGAUACGUGUCCAUCAACGCCACCACUGACUGUAGCGAGUCCUUCACCUCGUCCACCGGUUCCUUCUUCUCCCCAAACUACCCGAGCUACUAUCCCAACCACAGGGACUGCUACUUCACCAUCACUGUGCAGCUGAACCUGCAGAUCAUGCUCAACUUCACAGACUUUGAGCUGGAGGGCGCCCCACCGUCCUGCGGCUCUGACUUUGUGGAGAUCAGGGACGGAGGCUACGAGACCUCUCCUCUGAUCGGGAGGUGGUGUGGCACAAACAGGCCCCCAGUGCUGGUCUCCCAUAGCAACCGGCUAUGGAUUCGAUUCCGCUCAGACGCCACAAAUACACAUAAAGGAUUCAGCGCACACUGGGAUGGCACACAGAGCGGUUGUGGGGGCACUAUGACCUCGGCCUCAGGGGGCUUCUCCUCUCCAAACUAUCCUCUGCCCUACCACCCUAACGCAGAGUGCUACUGGAGCUUGAGGACCAGCCUGGGCAGCAAGCUCCUGCUCAGCUUCUCUGACUUUCACCUGGAGAACUCCAUCAACUGCACCUUCGACUACGUCGCUGUGUAUGAUGGGAACAGCAGCAGUGCUGUUCAGCUUGCUCAGCUGUGUGGGACUCAGGUCCCCAGCACCAUCUUCUCCUCCAGGAACCAGCUCUACGUCAAACUGAGGACAGACAGCACUGUGACCGCAGGCGGCUUCCUCGCCUCAUACUCCACCAAUUGCAGUGGGAUGCUCAUAGACAACCAGCACAAAGGUAUUCUGGAGUCCCUAAACUUCCCGAAUGAGUACCCUCUGAACACCUACUGCACCUGGACCAUCCUGGCCUCCCCCGGGAACAACAUUAGCUACUCCUUCAGCGCCUUCCACCUCGAAGGCACCUCAGGGUCCUCCUGCACCUACGACUAUGUCAAGCUGUACAACGGCCCAGACUCCCAGGCCCCUGAGCUGGGCAUGUUCUGCGGUAGCUCCCCUCCUGCUCCAGGCUCCACUUCCUCCUCUGCCCUCACUGUGAUCUUCAGGAGUGACAGCUCAGUGUCAUUCACCGGAUUUCAGAUGCUCUGGUCUCAGAUAGGUUGUGGUGGAGAGCUCCAUGGACCAGCGGGUUCUUUCCAAAGCCCCGGUUACCCAAACAAGUAUCCAGACAACCGCGAGUGUAUUUGGUACAUCACCACGGCAGCCGGCAGCAGCAUCACUAUCACCAUCCACGAGUUCAACAUAGAGUACCACCCGGACUGUAACUAUGACCUGCUGGAGGUGUAUGGGGGCCCAGACCUUCAGGCUCCUCAGCUGGCCAAACUAUGCAGCACCACCUCCAGCCCCAUGCAGUUGUCCAGCACCGGCAACACAGUCACCGUUCGCUUCAAGUCCGACCAGUACGUCAGCGGCAGGGGCUUCAACGCCAGCUGGGUGGAGGUCCCCGGAGGCUGUGGAGGCCCCAUCACCGCCCCCUCUGGAGAGAUCCACUCCCCCUCGUACCCCGGAUCUUACCCCAGCAACGUGGACUGUUCCUGGGUCAUCAGUGUGGACCCCAACCACCGUGUGCUCCUCAACUUCACCGACUUGGACAUCGAGUUCCACAGCAACUGCUCAUGGGACUAUGUGGAGAUCCAUGAUGGCCCCACAUUCUCCUCCCCUCGCCUGGCUCAUAUGUGUGGCUCCACCCCCCCUCCUCCCAUCACCUCCACCUCCAACACCAUCUCCGUACGCUUCAGGUCUGACGCCAGCCGGAACCACCGUGGCUUCAAGGCCUACUUCUCUGAGGCCUGUGGAGCCUCCAUCGUGACGGACAAUGUGGGCGGGGCUAUAGCAUCGCCCCGUUACCCUUCUUCGUACAGUUCAAACCUCAACUGCAGCUGGAUCAUCAAAGCCGUGGAGCCCUUCAACCACAUCACCCUGUCUUUCACUGACUUCGAGCUGGAGUCUCACCCAAACUGCUCCCAUGAUGUAGUGCAGAUCAGGGAUGGGGACAGCUACCAGGCUCCUACUGUGGGCUCUUAUUGUGGCAGAGAAGUCCCUCACCCAGUCACCUCCUUCAGUAACGCGCUGGUGGUCUCCUUCAUCACCGACAGCAGUGUGUCUAAGAAAGGUUUCAGAGCCACAUACACGGCCUCCACCUCCAGCUGUGGAGGGGACAUGGUCAUGGAGACAGGAGCUUUCAACAGUCCGAACUACCCAGACCCCUACCCCCCCAAUGUGGAGUGUGUGUGGACCAUCAGGAGCUCUCCAGGGAACCACCUCCAGCUCUCCUUUGUCCUGUUCAGCCUGCAGGGCGGCGCCGGCUGUGGCAGUGACUUCCUGGAGAUCCGAGAGGGGAACUCGUCAGGGCUGCUGGUGGGGCGCUUCUGUGGGGAUGCCCUGCCCUCUAACUACACCUCUGUGGUGGGACACGUGCUCUGGAUCAAGUUUGUGUCUGAUGGAGCGGUCAGUGGAGCUGGAUUCAGAGCCACCUUCUCACACUUGUAUGGUAACGAUGUGACCGGGAAGGAGGGCCAGAUCGCGUCCCCGCUCUACCCCAGGACCUACCCCUACAAUGCACACUACCAGUGGACCAUCACUGUGGACGGGGACAGCCUAGUGGAGAUCCGCUUUCUGGACAUCGACAUCGAGGACGUGGCUGAGUGUCACUUUGACCACCUCAAAAUCUUUGACGGCCCCUCAGAGCACUACUACCCUCUGGGCAUGUUCUGUGGCUUGCGUCUGCCUCCUCCUGUGCACAGCACCGGCAGCACCGUCACUCUGCUCUUUGAGUCUGACAUGGUGGUGGGGGGACGGGGCUUCCUCAUUGAGUGGAGGGCUGUCCAGAACACCGGGCCCCCACCCACCGUACCCCCAGGUGCAUGUGGAGGUAGCCUCACCACUGGGGACUCUCCGGGCUUCUUCUUCUCCCCGGGCUGGCCUGAUCCUUACCCCCAUGACAAGGAGUGCACCUGGAUUAUCCGCUCCACUGACUCCACCGUGGAACUCAACCUGCUCUACAUGGACAUAGAGGACUACCCCAACUGCUACUUCGACAGCCUAGUCAUCUACGAUGGUCCUAGCAGCCUAUCCCCCAUCCUGGCCACUGUGUGUGGGAGAGAGAUGCCAGGCUCACUGCACUCCUCUGCAGACUCCAUGUACAUCCACUUCUCCUCUGACAGCAGUGUGAGCGGCCGAGGCUUCAACGCGUCCUACUCCAGAGGUUGUGGGGGUCUUCUGCACUCAGACCGGGGCGUUCUCAGCAGCCCUCUGUACCCUCAGAACUAUCGUCCUAAUGCAGACUGCAGCUGGCACGUCAUGGUCACCCCGGGGUACAGGGUGUCUGUGCUUUUCCAGAGCCCCUUUCAGAUCCAAGGCUUUGGCACAGACUGCAGCACAGGGGACUAUCUGGAGCUGCGUAAUGGUCAGGACUCCUCUGCCCCUCUGCUGGCCCGCCUCUGUGGGGCCUCUCCUCCUGCUCUGCUCCAGACCACAGACAACCACCUGCACCUGCACUUCAAAUCUGACAGCUCCAACGAGGCCACUGGAUUCAAGCUCACCUUCGAAGCUCACAGCCAGGCAUGUGGAGGUCACGUCCAGCUGCACGAUGGAGACGCCCCCGGGUACAUCACGUCUCCUGGAUAUCCACAGAACUACCCCCAGAAUAUAGACUGUGUGUGGGUGAUCACUGUGCCCAACGGAGAAGCCGUGCGGCUUGACUUCGAGGACGAGUUCUACAUAGAGCACACCCCUGGUUGUGUGUACGAUUACCUGGAUGUGUUGGAUGGCUCGGACCUCAGCGCAGUGGAGCUGGCUCGUCUCUGUGGGAACACCUUGCCCUCCACUCAGCGCUCGUCGGGAUCCUCCAUGACCCUGCGCUUCCGAACGGACACCAGCGUCGCACACAAAGGCUUCAAGGCCCGCUACUCCAUAUCGACGUGUGGAGGCCGCUUCAUCGGACAGAGCGGCCUCAUCCACAGUCCAGGUUUCCCGGGGUCACAUUACCCUGAUGGCUCACUGUGUGAGUGGUACCUGGAGGGCCCCACUGGACACUACCUGACCCUCACAUACCAGACCCUCAACCUGACCACCUCCAGCGGCUGCUCCCAGGACUAUGUGGAGAUCAGAGAGUACAACGCAUCAGGUCUGCAGCUAGGCCGGCACUGUGGCUCCUCUGUCCCAGCUCCUAUGGACACCUCAGACAGCUUUGCCUAUGUGAAGUUUGUGAGUGAUGGAAGUGGGAACGCCCCCGGCUUCAGCCUCAUGUUUGAGGCCAGUGUGGAAGUGUGUGGUGGAGUGUUGAGCGCUCCCUCUGGAACCAUCACAUCACCGAACUACCCCAACCUGUACCCCCACAGCCGGCUGUGCCGCUGGGAGGUGGUGGCUAUGCCAGGACGCAGAGUCACCCUGACCAUCAACGACCUGCGGCUGGAAGCCUCCGGGACCUCCUGUGUGUACGACUAUGUGGAGGUGCUGAACGGGCUGGCUGCAGAUGCCCCUCGCCUGCAGAGGUUCUGUGGGAACGUCCCAGCUGGUACUCAGGUGGAGUCCUCUGGAAACAAAAUGGCUGUGUUAUUCAGGACAGAUGCCUCUGUGUCCAAUGGAGGCUUCAGCGCAUCCUACUCCACAGACGAGCCUGCAGUGUGUGGGGGUAUCCUGGGCAGUUCAUCUGGGGGAAACUUCACUUCUCCAGGGUACCUGGUCUCCAACUACAGCAGUAACCUCAACUGUGAGUGGCUCAUCCAGAACCACCACCACAUCAACUCCUCCAUCGUGGUGCUCAUCCAGGACUUACACCUGCAGAGCCACCAGACCUGUGCCAACGACUACCUGCAGUUCAGACUGGGUGAUGCCAGUGGAGAGCAGCUGGCUAAGUUUUGUGGACAGACCACCUCCAGUGUGCCCAUAGUGGUCUUCACCCCUCAGCUGUAUGUUCACUUUCAGAGUGACUCCUCACAGGAAGAUGUGGGCUUCAGGGCACAGUACUACUUCUCUGAGUGUGGAGGUUGGCAGAUGGGGGAGGGAGGGGUGAUCUCCAGUCCUAAUUACCCUGAUUUGUAUCCGGGCCCCAGCCGCUGUGCCUGGCUCCUGGAGGCCCCAGCAGGACACACUAUCACUCUCACCUUCACUUACUUCCACCUGGAGCCCCACUCCAUCUGCCGGUGGGACUCCCUCACCAUAUUUAAUGGGGGCUCACCUGGCUCACCUGUGAUUGGUCAGUACUGCGGGACCGACUCUCCAGGGACUGUCCAAUCAGGCUCCAACAAACUGGCUGUGGUCUUCCUGGCUGACCACACUGUGUCCACAGGCGGUUUUGUGGCCACCUGGUCAGCUGACUCAUCAGGCUGUGGAGGGGUGAUCCAUGCAGACAGUGGGACCAUCAAGUCUCCAAACUACCCGCAGAACUUCCCGGCCAACUCUGAGUGUCUGUGGCACAUCAUCGCUCACGAGGGGAACCACUUGCAGAUGAACUUCAGUCCAAACUUCCAGAUCCCAGACACUUCCGGCACCUGCAGCUCCAGCUAUGUCAAGGUGUGGGCAGGCCGUGCUCAGACCUCAGACGCCCUCUUGUCCAGCUCCUGUGGCUCUGUGGCCCCUCAGACUGUGGUGGCCCCUGGGAACCUCCUGACCACUCGCUUCCAGAGCACAGGGGCCAUAGGGAAUGGCUUCUCCGCCUCCUUCAGCACCAGAUGUGGAGCAGAUUUCUCAGCCUCUAAGGGCAAUGUGGUGUCUCCAAACUACCCCUCAGACUACCCCCUCAGAGCCAACUGUAACUACACCAUCUACUCAGGGGGGCAGAGCGUGGUGGUGCUCACCUUCAGAGUGUUCCAGCUAGAAGCUCACUCAUCAUGUGGUUACGAUGGUCUGAGAGUCUAUAGCCUGCUCUCCAAUGGCCCUCCCAUUGCCACAGUGUGUGGCUCCACCAUCCCGGGGCCCUUCUACACCCUGGGGCCCAUGCGCCUCAACUUCUACUCCGACUCAGUGAUCUCUGACACAGGCUUUAUGGCCCAGUACUCUGUUUAUGAAUGUGGAGGGUUCUUCAACAGCUCCUCUGGCACCAUCAGCAGUCCAGCCCACUCCCUCACAGACUACCUCCACAACAUCAACUGUUCCUACCACAUCAUGGUCCAGGACAACCGCGUCAUCGACCUCAAGUUUAACCACUUUAACCUGGAGGUGUCGUCAUCCUGUCGCUAUGACUUCGUGGCGGUGUACGACGGACCGGACACUGCGGCUCCUCUGAUGGGGACGUUCUGUGGCUCUGAGCUGCCUCCCAGUCUGAGGUCCUCCUCCAACCACCUGUACCUGGUGUUCAGGACAGACAGCUCCAUUAGCGGGGAGGGCUGGAGGGCCACCUACGGCCAGACUCUGGGGCCAGCUCAGGGCUGCGGGGGCUACCUGUCCAUGCCCAUGGGGAUGCUGGGCUCUCCAGACGUGGACUUAGACGGCCACUAUGAGCCUCUACUGGACUGCACCUGGAUCAUCGAGAUGCCUGUCAACAGAGCGGUUAACCUGAGCUUCACCUCCUUCGAGCUGGAGAGCUCCUCCACCUGCCGCUUCGACUACGUCAAGAUCUACGACGGGGACAGUAGUCACUGGCCCCUCGUGGGGACCCUGUGUGGAAACUCUCUCCCCUCCUUCUUUGUGUCUAGUGGGAACUUCCUGACAGUGGAGUUUAAGUCAGACAGCUCAGUGGAGAGGGCUGGCUUCAACGCGACCUACAUGUCUGUGCCAUUGGCAUGUGGAGGGAUCCUGAAUGCGACCACGGCCGCGCAGACCCUGGCAUCGCCCUCCUUCCCUCAGCCCUACCCCCCCUUCACCUCCUGCCGCUGGGUGCUGGAUGCCCCCCCUCAGGAGACCAUUCGUGUGGCCGUGCAGAUCUUUGUACUCCAACCCAGCCAGAGCUGCUCCACUAACUACCUGGAGAUGAGGGACUGGCCUCUGGGAGAUUAUGGCCAGUCCCAUAAAUUCUGUUCUGCAGACUCACACCCUCCAGACUUCUACAGCGUGGGCAGAAGCAUCCACAUCAACUUCAAAUCAGACACCUACAUGACGGGCAACGGCCUGAGCCUCACCUAUCAGAUCGCAGGCUGCAGCAGAACCUAUGAACAGGAGUAUGGGUAUCUGAAGAGUCCAGGCUGGCCUGACAUCUACCCACACAAUCAGGACUGCACCAUCAUCCUCCGAGCUCCAGCCAACCACAUCCUCUCCUUCUUCUUCAACAGCUUCAACAUGGAAAACCACCCCCAGUGCUCCUCUGACUACCUGGAGGUGCGUAAUGGCAGCUCUGCAGAUUCUCCUCUCCUGGGGAAGUUCUGUGGCAGCACCGUUCCCAGCCCCGUGUUCCCUCAGUCCAACCAGCUGUACCUGCGCUUCAAGUCCAACUUCUCCCUCGCUCUGGACGGCUUUGAGGCCAGCUGGACCUCCUCCCCCCACG